GUAUGCAUGUGUGUGUGCGCGCGCGUGCGCGUGUGUGUGAAGGAGAGAGAGAGAGAGAGAGAGAGAGAGAGCGAGAGAGAGAUAGACAUCCAGCAGCCAGUCAGUGUAGAGUAAAGUGUGAUCCGAGGAUGGAUGCAAUACCGUGUAGUCUCGCUUUCCUCCUUCUGUUCUUUAACGCUUGGAUUCACCAAUCUGAAGCCUUACAGUGCUACUGUCACCGCUGCCCCAACUCGACGUGCAACACAGACGGUCUGUGCUACUUCGCCAUCACCAGGUCGGCCAGCGGGAAUAAGAAGGACAGCUGGUGUAUCAGCGACAAUGAGCUGAUCCCACGCGACCGUCCCUUCAUCUGCGCACCGUCUGGCAGGGACAACACGGGCGUCUACCCCAUGUGCUGCAACACGGACUGGUGCAACAAAAACCCCAACAUCGGCGACAUACCAGUGCCCCCAGAGAAGCCUCCCUCACUGGGUCCUGUGGCUCUAGCAGCUGUGAUCGCCGGGCCCGUGUGCCUGCUGUGCUUCGUGCUGGUCACUAUUUUCUACGUGUGGCACAGCCGCUCAGUCAUCCACCACCGCGUGCCUAACGAGGAAGACCCAUCCAUGGACCACCCGUUCAUCACCGUGGGCACCACGCUCAAAGACCUCAUCUACGACAUGACUACAUCCGGAUCGGGUUCUGGUCUCCCGUUGCUGGUUCAGAGGACCAUUGCCAGGACCAUCAUCCUACAGGAGAGCAUCGGGAAAGGCCGCUUCGGAGAGGUGUGGAGGGGUAAAUGGAGAGGAGAGGAAGUGGCUGUGAAGAUCUUCUCCUCUCGUGAGGAACGCUCCUGGUUCCGUGAGGCUGAAAUCUAUCAGACGGUCAUGCUGCGUCACGAGAACAUCCUGGGCUUCAUCGCCGCUGAUAAUAAAGAUAAUGGAACAUGGACCCAGCUGUGGUUGGUGUCUGAUUACCACGAGCACGGCUCUCUGUUUGACUACUUGAACAGAUACACGGUGACCGUGGAGGGCAUGAUCAAGUUGUCCCUGUCCACCGCUAGCGGUCUGGCUCAUCUGCACAUGGAGAUCGUAGGAACACAAGGUAAACCGGCUAUCGCUCACAGAGAUCUGAAAUCCAAGAACAUUUUGGUGAAGAAGAACGGCACUUGCUGCAUCGCAGACCUCGGUUUGGCUGUGCGCCAUGACUCUGCCACAGACACCAUCGACAUCGCCCCCAACCACAGAGUGGGAACAAAAAGGUACAUGGCCCCGGAAGUCCUUGACGAUUCAAUAAAUAUGAAACAUUUCGAGUCAUUCAAGCGAGCAGAUAUCUACGCCAUGGGCUUGGUCUUCUGGGAAAUCGCAAGCAGAUGCUCGAUUGGAGGCAUUCACGAAGACUACCAGUUGCCGUAUUACGAUCUGGUGCAGUCAGAUCCGUCAGUGGAGGAAAUGAGGAAGGUGGUGUGUGAGCAGAAAUUACGUCCCAACAUUCCCAACAGAUGGCAGAGCUGCGAGGCUCUGCGUGUGAUGGCGAAGAUCAUGCGAGAAUGCUGGUACGCCAAUGGAGCUGCUCGUCUCACCGCCCUGCGCAUCAAGAAGACACUCUCUCAGCUCAGCCAGCAGGAAGGGAUUAAAAUGUAGGCCUGUGAGCUCUGGGAGAGCUGCACACCUUGGCAUAUUAUUCUUUUCUUUUUCUACAAAUAUCUAUUCAUUAUAAUGGUCUCGCACAUGCUUCUGGUUCUCCAUGAUUAUUGCAUUACGACUUCGUGUCCUCGGUGCGCGAGGGAGAGGACGAGAGGGAGGACAUGAGCUCUAAGUAUGAAGGCUUGUUUGGAUUUUUUUUCCUUUGGCUUUGAAUGAUUGACUUUUUAGCAGUGAAGGUCAUUUUAAUGAUCAGGUACUUUUUAUUUUCCUGUUAGCGGUGGAGAGAUGAGAUGAGAUGUAUCUCUAUAGUGAAUUUGCACCUUGGGUUUUCUAUCUUUCCUCAACAUUUGUUUUUAUUUUCUAAGUUAUUUUUUGUUUUGUUUUGUUUUUUUUUUUGUUGUUUUUUUUUCCAAACAAACUGGACAUGACCUCAUUCAGUCUUGGCAAACAUGCUGCAACAUAUGCAAUAUAGAGAAAUCCUAUCCUAUAUUUUAUACCUUGAUAUGUUCUGUUACUAUGGCAACAGUUACAACAGCUUCAACAGCUACAAUGGCAUCCGUGCCCUCUAAGCCAGGUGUUACCGGAAAGUGCCACUGCUUUAAACCAACGUUCCCUCAUGCUGUGGCUCGGCCCCUUCAGCUUUCGCUGUCCGAUUAAAAGAAAGAAAGAAAGAAAGCAAGAACGCAAGAACGAACGCCACCGUCGCAGACUCACGGACGAGACUGUUGUGGAGUCCGUCUUUAUUAUGCACACGCAGCGAACGUUAACAAGGGGCCACCACAUACAACUUGCUGGUGCCAUUUCUUCAGUUUUACAUCAUCUAUCUCUUUCUCAUUAUCAUCUUCAACGCACACAGAGGGACGUUUCAGCUCAGACCUCGGUUCAUCUCCAGUAAAGCUGAUCACCAGUCCGUGUUGCUGAGUGGCAGCUGAGGAUCGGCUUCCUACCUGACACAGAGAUCCGGAAAGAGGGUGCUCUUUGUCUCCACCCCUAAAAAUGCUGUCUCUAUAGUUUAAACUGACACACAGAAUAAAACUAGAUAAACUGAGCUCCUCUCACAGACUGGCACUUAAUGCAGAAGACUGGAUGGUAAAGAAAAUAGAAAAAAAAUCCUACGAGCAGUAUGACUGAUUAAUAACAUCGCAAGGUUUGAAGUCGAACACAUCAACAUUACUCGAGUUGCCGUGUAAAAAUGGUCUUUCUUUAAAAUGGUCUAUGGUACUCUUUGUUUUCAGUGUUGCAAAGAUGAUGGGGUAUAUUCAUUUAUCUAUAGAGCAAAUAGAUCUUUACUAAGCCAUAGAUUUUCCAACAUUUUAUGGCAACUUUGUGUGUGUGUGUGUGGUUAGAAUGUACAUUUUAAGAAAAAAUCUCCAUUGAGCAAGCCUUAAGGGACCAAUAGCAUUGGUUGUUCCUGUUUUGUUAAGGAAAGAAAAGCAGCGAUGUUUCAAAUAAUUGUCGUUAAAGUUAAUAUUCUGUCGAACACAAGGAGAGUUAAUAUUCUAUUGAACACAAGUAUUCAAUGUAGCAACAAAUCUAGCAGUUUUCUUUGUUAUAUCUGUAGACGGACGUCGUCUUUGCCACACGAAUAAGCUUACAGUCAGAAACACAACGCUAAACGGGAUUCCAGGAUCACAUUCGUGGCACGCUGUUGGAGAUCUCGCCUGAAAUCGAUUCUUUUUCCGUAAUGGCGUAAUUUCCCUGAUUGCCUGUUUCAUUCCUUUUAUACCACAGCAAUUUGUAAAAAAAAAAUGACUAUUUUUAUUGCUACACGACUAUUUUUUCCCCCCAUUUAUAGAUAUAUUUUAUGUUCGAACAAGUGUGUGGUAAUUAGACAAACUAUAUAGGAAGCCCUUUGUAUCAGUCAAGAGGUCAUGUUCCAAAAGAUCUUCAGACAAAGUGCUCCUUCCAAAAAAAUGAGUCUCCUUCCAAAAAAUGCUAAAUAAACACAGACUUUUUUUUUUUGUUUGUUUAUAUGAAGCAUAGCAGUCACUGUAUAGAAUCGAUAACAUUAUAGGAUAAGCAUGUUCACUUUGUAGCCAGCAUUUCUGUAAUAGGAACUGGUGGAAGCAGGGUACUUCGCAUGCUCUUCGUGUUUUGUCUGUUUUCUUUUUUAUUUUGUCCCCCCCCCCCCCCCCCCCCCCCCUCCAGACUAUAGAGUGAAACAUAAUAAGCACCCAGUGGCCAACACGGCCUUUGAAUAGCAUGGCAUGUUUACAGUGCAUUCCUGUACUGUGAUUAUACUGAUUAGAUACAAGCUUUUCUACCCUUCAGCCAAAACAAUGGGGAGCGGCAGCGUGAGGGAGAGAAAUAAUCUCCCAUUAGACACAACACACACUGCAUGUUUAUUAGUGUGGCAAAAGGAUGUUCAUUUGUACUGCUUUUUUUUCCCCCAUUGGUAAAAGAAAGCAGAUUGAUUGUGUUUUAAGCUAAAAUUGCUGCAAUUUCUGCCUCUGUACAGGAGCAAAAAAAAAAAAGGAUGAUUCGGUCAUUUAAGUGUGCAAAAUGUGAAAAGAAUAGCAUUCAGCCCAUUCCUGAAAUGUUUGCCAUUCCACAGAGCUUUUUGAAAUAUAUCCAGGACAACCUUUGAAGGGUUGAAUUACAAUUGGAAAAAAAUGCUUUUGCCAGCCAGCACGCUGGAUAUUUCUUUUUUUUCUUUUGGUCACUCUUCUCUCGGGUUUUGCUCGAUUUGUAAAAUUGCACAUGUGGAGUGUUUUCACACCAGAACCGCAUGAAAUAUCAGUGAAUUUGACUGCAUUUAAAAUGAUAAGACUCUGACUUUUCCCUUUUCUGCUCCAGUACACUGGUCUGUCACUUUUGUUUCCUCGCACCGAAUUGAAUUCCUGUUAUAUGCUGAGAAACGCCCUGAGUGGAGUAAGUGUAUGAUGGAGGACGUUUGUAUAAAUAUGUACAUUGUAAAUAACUAUCUACGUGUAUGUAACUUGUCUGUCAGCUUGGUGGCCCUGUGGCACGUACAAUUGGUCAAGAAAAAUUGGACAGUUGAAGGAGUUCGUGUUGAACCCCAGGAUGGGAUAGAGCACAUCCCCUCCAGAGGGUAUUAUAUCAAACAGUCUAAAAGGGAAGAAAAUGAGAUUUUAGUAAUUUAUUGUUGCUAAGGUCCAUCGAAGGCAAGUGUAAUCAUCCUUUCUGGGAAAAAUUUAUUUCAUCGUGCCACCGCUGAUGUUUUUUCGUCCGACACAUUUCUGUCUUAAAUCACCAGCAGCCUUUUUUUUUUCUUUACGGAUUCAGCAGUGACCUAUUUAGACGCGAAAACAUGCAUAUCCAGGUAUUUCCUCACAGUGACAUGCAGGUAUCCUCCUGGCCUUGACAGGUCAAACCACACCAGCUAUGACUUUUAACAGGAAAUCCAUACCGCUGCACCUCUGGUUCCAUGCGAGCGGGUGAGAGCGAGAGGACUCUCUCUGUAACCCUCACUUCCUCACUGCAUAGCAUCUUGUAGCUAGGAGAUUUUUCAUAUCAUCUAACGUGGUAUCACGUACAGUAGUAAAACACGGGCUGUCAGCCUCCUCGACCUCUCUCCCGCUCUUCUGCUCUCGAUGUCACUUACUUCUGUGCCUCCGAACCCAUCUGCACCCUCGAACAUGGGCGAGGAUCCACUCAUCCCGGGUGAUUUUAACCGACAGUGUUUUCAUUAGGGGUCCUGUUAUAUGGCCCAGACUCCUGCACAACCGUCUGCUGUUCAGUCAGUUGCUGUUUGUUUGCUUUUUAUGGUGCAUUAUGCAGCUUUUUCAUGCAACCAUGCACAGAUAUUUGCACAAAAGUCUUACAGUUUAAUUCAUGCCUAUGCCUUUUUUUUUAAGUUAAAUAAUUCUGGAAAGGUAAAUAUAUCUCCUGAAUGAGGCAGACGUGAGCAUAAACUUUAAACUCUGCAUUCCCGCCAAUCAGAGUGUCCCCAAUUAGAGCACGACUCUGAGCAGUUUCAAUAAAGGUCAUGCCUGUGUCAAAGAGGGCGAUCAGACGGGUUAGUGCGUUAUGCAAAUGUGUACGGCGACACGGUCCUCAGGCUUUCUACUGGCAAUUGCCACGCUAUUUAUUUACAGUUUAAUUCUUUAUCUAUGCCAACAUCCGGACACUGUGAGAAAGCUCCUGGAGGGACGGUGGCCCGGUAACACCAAAAAUCAUGUGGGUAGGUAAUGAAAGGGUGGAGCAGGUUUGAUUCGAAGGGAAAUAAACUGACAUGGAGAAAGCAGGAGUCUGGGUCAUUAAAGGACUGCGGAGCCAACCAAGGUGCUUUUUCAUGUGUGUGUGUGCGUGUGAGUGUGAGUGUGUGUUUGUGUGUGUGUGUAUACAUUAUGGAAAGGCAAAAGAAAGCUUUAUCAAGUUUUAUUUGGUGCCUAAGUUUGACUAUAUUGUGUUUUGUAUUCCAUAUAGAAUGAUGCACUGCAUGUGACUGAUUUCUAAUGUUUGCAUCAUUUUGGUUAUUAAGGAAAUUCUUAAAAGAAAAAAGGCGAAAGGCUUAAUUAGUUUAAAAAAAAAAAAAAAGGUCAGAAAGUAAUCCAGAGGAAAAAAAAUACCUCCUUCAAAGACCAAUGUAUUUUUACCUCAGUGUAUAUAUUCUAUUUGUUUACUUCAAGUUUGCAAAUUUGUUUCUAUGAAAUGCUAAAUUGAAGAAUUCACAUUUUGUGUUAGUGGUACUUUGGCAUUGUGUUGUUCUUGUGUCUAAAUGAAUUGUAUUUUGUUUUUUUGUUUUUUGUUUUUUUGGGGUGGGGGGGGGAGGGUUUGAACCAUCAUCUGUACUUUAUUUCUUGUUCUGUUCUGUUCUUUAGUUCUGAAGUGCUUUACAGACAUCAGACCAUGUAUUUUAAUGCCUCUUUCUCAAAUGUAGAAAAUGCAUUAUGGGCCUUUUUUUGUAUUUAAAAAAAAAAAAAAAAAUAAGAAAAAAAAAGUCAGAGCUGGUCAGUAGUGAAUGGUGGAAGAGAGAGUUGUCAUGAAGGCUUUGCGGCCCACUUGAUUUUUAAAGCAUUAUUUAUAGACUUUUUAUAGCGUGUACAGAAGUACAAACAACAUAGGAACGUAGGGGGAGUGACGCUGAUGUGCCAUUCUAACAUAGUGGACUAGUAAUGGGUGUGAAUUAAAAAAAAGUUCAAAUUUC